GCUUGGUGCACAGCUGGUGUGACGGGUGAGGAGGCUGCAGGCUAACAUUGAGUGGACGGACAGUGACAAUGUGCCAUGGCUGGGGGAUUUAAUAUACUGGAUGGAAAUGAUCAACUCCAUAACCCAAGUAUCAAACAGGAAACAUUAGGGAGAAGACAAGUUGUUGAACUGCACACUGGAGGGGAUUAACUGGAUGGAUUGGAUGUUUCUUUUAUCUUUGGUACAUGUGGAGAUUACUAAUGCCUGCAUGGCUUUGGACGUCGUCUAGCUUAACAAAGAAGUCAAAGAGGAUCUGUUUUUCCACAAUCUACUUUUUGUUACAGAUUAUUUCUGAGUAAUGUAAAAACGUGUUAUAUUUGCCAUUACAACAAUUAUAUCAUUUUUUACAGAUAACCCCUUUCAUUCUUUCAGCUUUUACUCCAAGAGGAUACAUAUGGACUUCACAUUUCACAUCUUCAAGUGGCAAUCACCUGCUGCUUCGUAUUUGGUACUCAGUACUGAAUGGAGGGUUUGUGAUGGCAAAAAAAGGGCUUCACUCAGUGAAGUGAAUCUCCUCUCCAUUGAGUAGGAUCUAAAGAAGGAUCUGUACGUCUUUUGCAAAUGAAACUACUAUGGGGAACAGACAAAGGCAAAACAAAGUUUACACUUCGGUUAACCCACUGCAUCCUGCCAGGUAAUCACUCCUGAUGAGGUGUUUGAACCAUGUGGUCCACUGAGAGCAUGGAGCCAGAGAAAGCUCACACCCAGAGCAGCUUCAUAAACAAGGUGGAUGUGCCUGACCAUGCUCACUACAUCGUCGCUUUAUUUGUCUUUGUCAUUGGGAUCUUGGGCAUUACUGGCAACGCGCUGGUUAUGUUUGCCUUCUACAGUAACAAGAAGCUUCGUAACCUGCCGAACUACUUUAUCAUGAACCAGGCAAUCAGUGACUUCCUCAUGGCUUUCACACAGUCCCCCAUCUUCUUCAUCAACUGUCUCUAUAAGGAAUGGGUGUUUGGAGAAAUGGGCUGUAAAAUGUAUGCAUUCUGUGGCGCCCUGUUUGGCAUUACUUCCAUGAUAAACCUACUGGCCAUCUCAAUUGACCGCUACCUGGUGAUCACUAAGCCUCUGCAGGCCAUUAACCUGAGCUCCAAGCGAAGAACCACGAUAGCCAUCCUCAUGGUCUGGCUUUACUCUUUGGCUUGGAGUCUGGCUCCUCUUGUUGGAUGGAGCUCCUAUAUCCCUGAGGGCCUGAUGACAUCUUGCACAUGGGAUUAUGUUACAUACACAAUGGCCAACAGGAGUUACACGAUGAUGUUGUGCUGUUUUGUUUUCUUUAUUCCACUGGGAAUCAUCUUUUACUGUUAUCUCUUCAUGUUUCUGGCCGUACGGAAGACUGGCAGGGAGGUAGAGCGUCUGGGGACCCAGGUGAGGAAAUCCACCCUGAUCAAGCAGAGGUCGUUAAGAACCGAGUGGAAGCUGGCAAAGAUCGCCUUUGUCGUCAUUGUGGUUUAUGUCCUCUCCUGGUCACCGUACGCCUGUGUCACAAUGAUUUCCUGGGCCGGUCAUGCCAACAUCCUGUCGCCAUACUCAAAGGCUGUCCCUGCAAUCAUAGCAAAGGCGUCCACCAUCUACAAUCCAUUCAUCUAUGCUAUUAUACACAACAAAUACAGGAUGACUCUGGCAGAAAAGUUUCCCUGCCUCUGGUUUCUGUCUCCCACUCCUCGAAAGGAAUGCAUCUCCUUCUCCAUCAGCGAGUCCUCUCUCAGGGACUCCAUCAUUAGCAGACAGUCCACAGCAUCAAGGACUCACUUCUUUAGAGCCUCGCAUGACAUGGUAUUAAGGGAUGUUGAGAUGGAACCGUUGGGAAGGAAGUCAGGUGUUUCCCUCAGAAGCAUGCCAUCGUACAGACAGUCUUCCAGAAACAGGUCUUAUAAGAAACAAUUAGAGCGGAAUACAGCCAAAACCCAAGCGGCAGAGGAGUAUCCAUCUACCAUGAAUGAAACAUACUGUGACCAUGAGCUGGUUUGUGGUUCUCUCACUGUCGCCACCCUCCCCCUACUGGUCCUCACCAGGAAACGCAGUCAGAGUCUAACUGAUGAGACUUCAGACUCAAGCGAGAAGAAAGACAGCAACAGGGAUCCCCAUAAGAGUGAAUCCUUCGAUUCUCAUUUUGGAAACAUACCAACCAAUGAUCCUAGAUCACCUCAGGGUGUUCCUCGCAUAAUUGUCAUCAGUCCCACAUCUGAAAGCAGCCUUAUCAACCAUGACAGUGUCUGCUUAGAAGACAGUGUUGAGGCUAUGGAGAACAAUGUUUUUGUCAGCAUAAACUUCUCAUCAGAAGUCUUUGAGGCAGUGGAGCUGCUGCCUUGAUAAGCUGGACUUUGGUUGACUGUGCAAUGUUUUUUCCACUGAAGCUUUAUUAUUUAUUGUGAUUUUUCACAACAGACAUAUUCUUCCUUACUUUUUUGUUUGUUUGUUGACUCAUCUUGUCAACUUAUACAAUUAUGUUGCCUGUAAUAGGAGUGCAUAAGGGUUGAUACUCAAAAUGAAACAAUAUGACCUGGCUCUGGUAUGCAGUGUUCAGUGUUUUCAGACUUUGGCAGAGGCUGGUGCACCCCAAGGGACAGCAUGGGUAGAAGCAUGUUUUUAUUAGAUCCCACAAAAAGGGUUUAAAAUUAUAUCAUCGGGGCCAAUCACUAACUGUACUCUUAGUUCAGCUAUGAACAACAAUGUGUCCAUUUAAUGGAUUAUAUGCUGGAGACUGAAGAGGCAAUUGCAUUUGAAAUUAGACCAUUUUAUUCAAAUCAUAUUUCCACAUGGGAAUAGGAGAAAAUGUAAACUUAGCAAAAACUAAGUUGCUGAUAAUUUUUUGUUCCUGUUUCACACAAACACUGCUACAGCAUAACAAUUUAGGAAGGAGACUAGCACAAUAACUUUAGGUUGUAAAAAUGUUGGAGAGUAAAAAGGGUAUGUAUAUUCAAUUCUUGUCUUGUGGUAGUAGUUGCUUUAGGGAAUGUGGACCUCUCAGACUUUGUUUGGCAGCAAGACAGUGGUAAAAUGAAAAAUGUGAGACUCUUAUGUAAUGCUGGUAAAAAAAAGGACAGGGCAGAGGCAGUCAAAAGUGUCUCAUACCAAAAAAAAACGUUUAACCUUUGCGGUGACUUUAACAUGUCUUGCUCAAUGUGUGGACACUGCUUUAUAACAAAUGCUCCACUGAUCCCCUGUAUUAUACCCGUUCAUAAAAAAAUACUGUUGUGUUGCUUAUGAAUGCUACAGUGUUGUUUCCAGUGAUCUGAGUGUUAUUCCAAGUCCCAUCAUAGGCAGAAAGCACUAGUAACAUGGUGUAUACACAGCACACAAGAUCAAUCAUGUUAACAGAAUAAUUUGUUAUUGUUAUCAUAAUUGUUAUUAUUAUUAUUAUUAUUAUUAUUAUUAUUAUUAUUAUUAAUAAUAAUACUAAUAAUUCUUUAAAAUAUCCACAAAACACAAUCACUCCAUUCAAUGAAUAGUGCUCACUUACUCAUUACUAAUAGAAAAAAUAAGCUCUUUAUUCCCACACUUGUGAUAACUCUUUGGUGUAAUAUCUGUAUCAUCUGCGUUUUAACAGUUGAUACUUGUGCAUCUGUUGUUUUUGAACUCAUUAUUGAGAUCAUUUGCAUUAUUAUUCAAAUACAUACAAUAGGAAUAAAACUGUUAUUUUAGUGCCGGAGUGGAAGCAAUCCUGAAAGGCUCCUCCUUUAUUCAGAUACAUCUAAAGAUUGCAGUAUUGAUUACAGACAUUAUGGGGAACGAUGGUAACACAAUUACUUUUUCAUGUAAGAUCAUGUGCUGAUUAAACUUUUUGAAUCCACCUUUUGUCAAACUUUUGUUAAUCUGAAAAGAGAACUUAUGAUUAUACUGAUAUUGUAGGUAUUGCAAAACCAUUCAAUGACAACACUUUAGCUCAUUUGAUUCCAACAUUUUUUUAUUUUAUAUACAGUAUAUACUGUAUAUAUUUGCAACACUAUGAUAACAUAAAGAAAUGGUGGCUAUUUUGGCUAAGUUGGAGAUAAGGUUUACAUUACAGUAAAGAAAAUGUGCAUGAUUGUUGACAUGUAGUAAUAUCGUAUUUCAGGGUUUGAUAAAAAUGAGUGAAAUUAUAUAAAGAUAGGAAAGUAUAUUACACAUACAACUGCCAUAUGGACAAGCAGGGAAGAGUAAACAUUUCCUCACAUGCCUCACUGACGGUCAUCUGCAUAUUUAUUUUAAUGUUGUACCAAAUAAAGGGCUGUUUGUUAUUUUUGUCUAUAUAAUCUUGUAUUAUGAGGUUAUUAUAAGUUAAACAGAUGAGAGUAAGAGGCGGCAUUAGUGAUUAUUGUUAGAGUUGUUUUAAAGGCCACAGUGUGACCAUUGACCAACUAAAUAACUUGAUCUCAUUUUUCUAUUUCACUGAAUUGACCUUUUACAGAUUACCUACCAUCAACAUUUGGGACUCUCCAGAGAAUUCUUACGGUACACAAAACAACUUGGCAACAUGUUCAUCCGACGUAUUCCUUUAUAUUAGUUUGACUGCACCACAGAGGGACCACCUUUCAAUACUCACUGUAUACACUCUGAUAUUUUACAUUUGAUGUGACAUUUUUUUAAAUCAAAAUCAUGUACUUGAAA